UUUUCUUGAGACACCAGGCAUCAUUAGUCACUUGAAAACUCCCUAUAAUACCAAGCCUCGGAGCACCCUCAGUGAAUCAGCCUGGAAGCCAUUUAUACAAAAAGAACAAGUUUGAACAUGGAAGUAAAGGCAACAUGAGAGGACGUGUUCUGAAGGGCUGAAAAAAAGAAGAAGAAAGAUUAACACACAGGAAGUAGGAAGUGUGAUCUGCGAUACCUCCAGUGUGUGUAUGUGUGUGAGUGUGUAACAUUGUGUGUGUGUGUGUGUGUGUGUGUAUGUGCUCCGGUGGAGUGUGUGUAAAAUGAUACACUGACCUGUGGUAUAAAUUAAGGACAAUGUCUCUGAAACUACCUCGCAACUGGGACUUCAGCACCUUAAAGGCUGAGACAGCUCGGAUAGCGCGAUCCAAGAGUGUGAUACCUGGAGAGGGAGGCUCAGGCCAGGGCUCACCGCGCUCCUCCAGGUCCAUGGAGAGGCCGCUGAAGGCUGGCUGGCUGAAGAAACAGCAGAGGUCUUUAGUCAAGAAUUGGCAGCAUCGCUACUUUGUGUUGAGAGGAAGCACUCUGACCUACCACAAGGAUGACAAGGAGACCACUGUCCAGGGAGUCAUCCAGCUGCGGUUCAGUAAGGUCAAUGAACUCCCCCAGAACUCAGAUGACCCUGGGAAGUACCUCUUUGAGAUCAUACCACGUACAACUGGAGACAGAGAGCGAUGUCCCUAUGUGUUCAUGGCAAACUCCCAGAGUGACAUGGAGGAGUGGGUCCGCACUCUGCGCAGAGUCAUCGGAGUGCCGACAAGUGGAGUGUUUGGAAAGAGUCUCAUGGACACAGUGACAUAUGAGCAACGCUUCGGGCCUCACAUGGUGCCAACCCUGGUGCAGAAGUGUGUAGAAUACAUAAAAGAACAUGGGCUGGAUGAGGAGGGCAUCUUCCGCCUCCCUGGUCAGGACAAUGCUGUCAAACAGUUCAGAGACGCCUUUGAUGCAGGAGAGAGGCCCUCCUUCCCCAGUGACACAGAUGUCCACACAGUGGCGUCACUGCUCAAGCUGUACCUGCGGGAGCUGCCAGAGCCAGUGGUGCCCUGGACUCAGUACCAAGACUUCCUGGACUGCACCAACCUGCUGGACGACACCAGUUCAGAGGGUAGAGAGCUGUUGGAGAAACAGAUCGCCCUUCUCCCCAGAGUCAACUACAACCUUCUCAGUUAUGUCUGCCGGUUCUUGUUUGAGGUGCAACUGAACUCCAAAGUCAAUAAAAUGAAUGUGGAGAACCUGGCUACAGUGAUGGGGAUAAACCUGCUCAAACCUCAGAUAGAAGACCCCAUCACUGUCAUGAAGGCGACUCCUCAGAUCCAGAAGCUGAUGACAGAGAUGAUCAGACAGCAUGAGACUCUGUUUCCUCUCUCCAAAGAUGUGAUUCCCUCCCCUCCCUCAAAGAAGGCUGAAAGCCAGAAGAACGCUCCUCGAAGCUUUGUGGGCUGGGAAUCUGCAGAGAUGGGUGAUGCCUCUCUGUCUGAGUCUCCAGAAGAGGAGGAAGACAAUGAUAGUCCAGGUCCAGAGAGAGGAAACUGUGGUACCCCAAACAUCCCUCUGGAGCCUCGCUCACCUUCUACAGACGACUGGCUCGGAAGUCCCCGCAAACGCACCCAGACCCUGCCCAGCUUCAACUGCCCCCUCACCGGGAUGGCGGCGAAGGCUGACGCCCUUAGCCGGCGGAGUUGCAUGCAGGAGAGUGUGGAGGAGAAGAGUGGGACGUUGUCAGAGGACAUUUUUAAGAUCCUGGACCUGCGGAGCUCAGGAUCAUUGUUCGGAGGGUCUCAGAUGGGCGCCAAGAAGGGGGAAGAUAGGUUCACAACAAGAAGAGGAAGCGACAACACAGGAUCCUCCACUGCUGUCUCCCAAAAACCUGACAGUUAUUCCCAGCCUGAUCAGGUCCUGUCUCAUCAAAAGAGUGUAGAGACCCUGCCAGUGAGAAGUUCAGGUCAGCAGGUCAACAGCAGAUCUGAACAGAAGACAGACAACCAGCAGCUUGUUGACAGUCUGCAGCAGGAGACCAUGGAGCUGAAAGCCACAGUGGCUGAGCUCCAGUCUGCUCUGGAAGCAGAGCACCGCCGUGUGGCUGCUCUGGAGAUCUGCCUGAGAAAUGCAGAGCGCAGCCGGGAUGAGGCCCAGAGACGCAACGACGAGCUGAAAAGAGACAUUCAGCAGUUCCUCAAAGAACCAAAAGCUCCCACCUAAAAGUCUGUGUCAGAGCUGAUAGAAUAUGGAUUUAUGACCCCAUUAAACUCAACAGAGCUAAUUUCACAGGAACUGCUUAUGGAAAAUACUGUCAUCCUACACAGUGUGGUGUUCCCAUGUUAGCCCAGUUGGGUCUUGAAGAUAAGUUAUUGGCUCGUUUGUUUGCGCCUUUGAGGACAGUCUGUUAAGAAGAGAUCAAAGUAGACUUUUUUAUAUCACUGUUCACAUUAAAGACUUUUAAAACAACACAGGUUUAUUCCUGCCCACUGUAGGAGUGAUGUCACUGUAUAUGAACUGCCUUGAUUUGGUUUAGUUGUUAUACAGGACAUGCAGGAAGAGAACAUCUCAAAUGAAAAGUGAAUUAUUUGCAAAAUGGUUAUGAUCAUUUUGCAGCUUGAAAAUGCAAUAUAUGAAUUCCUACAGAAAUGCAAGGCUGGACCACAUCAGCUUUGAUUGACCCCUUCGAAGGACAAUCUGGACAGUAUGAUAAACAGUGGACAAUACAAAUAAUGUGUGUUAUAUAUGGAGUUAAUAGUCUCUCAUUUGAUGUUAUUUCAGUGGUGAAUGAUGCAGCAAAAGAACCAGAGCAGUGUAAAGUGAAUACAUCAGAUUAUUAAACAGCAAAAGUUAAUAUUGAAGUGAAUAUGGAAUGAAUAGAAUAUCAUAAUUAAAGUUGAAUUAUAAUGAGUAUGCUAACUUAAACAAAUGUGUUUUGAGCUGUGAUUUGAACUGUAUAAUAGAGUUCAGCUGACAGAUGUGUAGCGGUAGUGAGUCAGACAGUCAACAGAGCAUCUGAGGAUGGAGAAGGCCUGAAAGGUAUGCUGAGG